AUGGAGGAAGAUGAUGACGGCAACACGCAAAAGCUGAUCGCGUAUUUGGUGGAACAAGAUGUUAGGAGAUUAGAUGAAACCGGAAAGCGAGACAAAUCUGUCUCCGGGGCGGUGCCUUUGGCUCGACCCGAGCAGGCGGCGCCUCCGGCGAAUUCUGCUCCUUCUUCGUCUUCGGGCAUCAACGGUCACUUGGGAAGAAUCGAAGCAGAUUAUAUUGCCCAAAUGACCAAACUUCGGCUUGAGCUACGCGAAGCAGAACUGACUGAGGAGCGGUUGCGCGAAGAUCGUAACAUUUGGAGGCAAGCAGCUGAACAACAGGAAUUUGACCAGGAAGGUGAUGGAGAAGACGAGAACGAGGAUGGAGAAGAAGUAUCGCCCGCCUGUGCAGAUCCGAAUCAUGAACAGUGGAUAGGCUGGCUUCAACCAGCGUUCCGGCCAAAUCCUGACAUUGAUGGAUUGAACGACUCAGGACACAUCAAGUUCAAGAGCAUUGACGUGAAGCUUGGCGUGGCCAUGACAGCCAUGAUCAAGACUGGCGGAGACAACUCUCAGGACCUCUACUUGAACGUCAGUCGCAAGGCCAACAAACUCAUGCGUGAUCAGUCGAAGAUGAUCAAAGGAAGACAGAUCAUUGCUAUGAUGUAUGAAAGUUUCAGGACUCGUGAUCGACUGGACAUGAUCAAAGCAUACGUCGAAGACGAUGAAGGGUCAGAGUGUUCAUCCGUUGACAGCGAUAUCGACUCGGAUUGUUCUACUGAUGAUGAAGCGGUCGGAGCGACUUUGUCGGCCAAACCGCAGGAGAACAAGCGAGUGUCCUUCGCCAAAGAUUUUAUGAUCGACAUGGUUGCGGAUGACAAGCCUCGCGAUCGACACAUGUACAUUCGUGUUCCAGGCACAGACAAAGUCAAGCAGAUCGUGUUCUUCGAUGGUGAAGAUGAGAUUAUAGAGAUGAAUGGCAAAGUCGAGAGAGAUGGUCUGGCAACCCUUGUCAGUCAGGAGAACGGCGUAUCAUUCCAGACAGCAAAUGGCAUUACCGCAACGGACUUGAUAUCCAACUUCAGGACGAAAUCGUUCGCUGAGACGAUCAACGCAUAUGUUCUCGAAGACACACCGUCAGUUCUUUCGGCGGGAAAGCGACGCGUGCAACAGGGAUAUGGAUUUGUGGGGCCACCUGGCAAGGAUCCGUUUAUGAUCAACCCGGAUGGGAAGCGAAUCUCUCUGUUUGUCCACGGCGACAUUCCUUAUGUCGCGCAGGAAGUCAGAGCCGGGCCACGUGAAGAUGAGGUUGCAACCAGCAUCAAAGCCAUAUUCUACAGCAUCGGUGAGGAUGGAGCAUUGUCCAACGAGAAGAUGCGGAAAGUCCACAUGACAAUGAAGCUGAAGGACCUCCUGAUGAUGAAAUAUCAGCAGAUGAAGCACCUGGUGGGGAAGUACCGUUGGCAGAAGCAGGAAGGCCUCCAGAACCACCUGACGGAAGACGAGAAACUGAUGUAG